AUGGCAGAAGCUAAUGCUUGCAUGGUCUUAGAACCUGCUGCCCACGGAGUUGCUAAAGUGGUGAUGGCUAGCUCAUCUAGUGAUUCUGGGGAAGACUCUGACAGCAGAUCCUAUCGUGGCAGCAGCAGCAGUUGCAACAGCAGUCUCAGUCUCUUGUAUAGCAAUAAGAGGAAAUCUGUGGCUUCCAGAAGGUAUUAUUCACGUAGAAAUUUUAUGGAUCACCUGCCACGGGCAGUUAGAAAUCGUGUGCAGGCACUCAGAAAUAUUCAAAUGGAGUAUGACAAAGUUGACACCCUUCUUAAAGGCAAUUCAUGAUCUGGAAAAAAAUAUGCUUUGCUCAACAAGCCUUUAUAUGAUCAAUGAUUUAAAAUAGUCAAUGCAGAAUAUGAGCCGACAAGAGAAGAAUGUGAAUGGAAUUCAGAGGACGAAGAGUUCUGCAGUGAUGAGGAAAUACAAGAAGAUAGCUUUAAUGAAAUGCCUGCCUUAGAGGGUGAAGAAGAAAACAGGUCUAAAGAAAAGACUGACAUGAAAACUGAAGAAAAGAAGAUUUUUAAAGAAAAUCCUGAGAACGACAAAGCAAAAUCUAAAGAUUUUCCAGAGGCAGAGCCUCAAGUAAAAGAAGAUACUAAAGAAUUACCUCAAUCAAAGGCAGAAGAUAGACAGCCUAAACCAAAAGAUGCUGGUGUUGCCCAAAAUUAAUCUUUUAGAAGAGCUCUUGAGGUGAGGCUUAAACAAAGAGUGAAUUGUAAAAGAGUUCAUAAGGGAAAGUCCAGAAAAGAUCCCAGAGGCAUCCCUAAUUAUUGGCUAACUGCUCUAAGAAAUGUGGAGAAGCUCAGUGCCAGGAUUCAGAAUUAUGAUGAGACAAUUCUGAAGUACUUGUCAGAUGUCAGCUUAAAAUUCUCAAAACCUGGCCAGCCUUAUAAGUUACACAUUUGAAUUCCACAUCUGCUGAAUUCAUAUUUCAGAAAUGAAGUGCUAACAAAGACAUAAAUGAUAACUUCAGAUCACAGUGAUCCCUUCUCUUGCGGAUGGGAAAUUGAAGAUUGCAAAGGCUGUAAAAUAGAUUGGAGAAGAGGAAAGAAUGUUACCGUGACAACCACCUAGAGUCGAACAACUGCUACUGGAAAAAUUGAAAUCUAGCCAAGAAUUGUUCCUAAUGCACCAUUCUUCAAUUUCCUUAGCCCUCCAGAGAUUCCUAAAAUUGGAAAGCUGGAACCACGCGAAGAUGCUAUACUUGAUGAGGAUUUUGAAAUUGGUCAAAUUUUACAUGAUAAUGUCAUCCUAAAAUCAAUCUAUUACUGUACAGGAGAAAUCAAUGGUGCCUAUUACAGAAAUAAGAGAUAUUGA